GAAGAGAAGACCCAAACUAUCAACAAGGAGGGGGGUGAUUGAUCGCUUUUCGUCGCAUCUUCAUCAUUUAUCAUAUUCAAGAAAAUCUCCCAAGCAGACACGAGCAUCCAGCAUGGCGGACAAAGGACUGAAAGUAGGCUUCAAUAAUCCAGCUUUUGUUCAAGACGACGACCCGGUACAGUUACGCACGCACACCCAGAAGGACCCCGAUGCCAUCUCGAGCGUGGGGAACCCUGCCACUCCGGCCUCGAAAGAAUCCAAAAUUCUCACGCCCGAGGAGAAGAGGGAAAAAGUCGCCAUCCUGAAGAACAUCAUAGUCAUAUCCAUCGCCUUUACGUUUCUUUUCACGAGUUACAAUUCCAUGUCGAAUCUUCAGUCGUCUAUUAACAAGGUGGAUGGAACAGCUGCGCAAACGGCCUUGUACGCCGCCUUCGUCUUCUCGUGCUGCUUCCUUCCCUCGUGGAUGAUCAGGCGGCUGCACGAGAAGUACACGAUGGCGGCCUGCAUGCUAUGCUACUCGACCUACAUGGCGGCGCAGUUCUACCCCAGGAUCUACACGCUGGUGCCCACGGCGGUGGUGGUCGGGCUCGGCGCCGCGCCCAUGUGGUCCGCCAAGUGCACCUACCUCACCAAGGUCGCCACCAUUUACGCAGAUCUGGUGGGAGUCAGCAGCGACGUGGUCAUAACCCGUUUCUUCGGCAUCUUCUUCCUGUUCUUCCAGUCGACGCAGGUGUGGGGAAACGUCAUCUCCUCUUCAGUCCUGUCUGUGGGCGUGGCAGGCGAAAACAAGACCGAGGAGGCCCUGCAGCGCUGCGGGUUCCACUUCUGCCCCGGGGACGCCUCAGGGGACAACAGCACCGGCAACAGCACGGACGAUAUCCCUCUGUGGCAGAGGUACACCAUGUCUUCCAUCUACCUCGUGUUCGCGCUCUUAUCAUCGCUCAUUGUCAUUCUCUUCGUCGAUUCGUUAAGCACGUUUGAGAGGAAAGCCCCCAGCUCCUCAGCCGACGACGAGUCAACCCUUAAGCUUUUGGCCAAAACGUUCAUCCACAUCCGUCAUCCAUACCAGGUGCUCAUCAUCCCGAUAACGAUUUGGUCGGGGCUCGAACAGGCUUUCCUGAGCGCCGAUUUUACUGCGGCUUACGUAUCGUGUGGCCUGGGUGUGUACAUGGUCGGCUUCGUCAUGAUCUGCUACGGGGUAUGUGACGCCGUGUGCUCCUACCUGUUCACGCCCUUGGUCAAGGCUGUGGGGCGCGUCCCUGUGUUCACCCUGGGGGCACUCAUCAACCUCGGGGUCAUCAUCACCCUGAGGUACUGGACGCCUACACCCGAUGGCCUGCCAGUCUUCUUCGCCCUCGCCGGGUUGUGGGGCGUGGCGGACGCGGUGUGGCAGACGCAGAUCAACGCCCUGUACGGCGUGAUCUUCCCCGGCGAGUCCGAAGCAGCCUUCAGCAACUACCGCCUGUGGGAAUCGACUGGCUUCAUCAUCUCGUACGCCUGCAGCACCCUCAUCUGCAUCGAGCCCAAAGUCAUCAUCCUGCUGGUGUUCCUCCUGCUGGGGAUCCUCGGUUACUACGCCGUGGAGAGCCUGGAGAGGCGAGGAGGACUCACGAAAGAUGGGGAAGGGAAGGUGGUUUACAUCGAUCAGCUUCUGUUCGGGAAGGACUGAAUGGCGGCCCGGCGCGUCUGCCUGUCUGUCUGUUUAUCUGGCUGGAUGUUUAUCUGGCUGGAUGUCUGCCUGUCUGUCUGUUUAUCUGGCUGUCUGUCUGCCUGGC